AUGUCCUCCACUAAUCACACUCAGCUAAAUACCACGUUAGAUGUACAGCGUCAGGGAAUCCUAGGGGUGGCAUUUUCUUCCACUGUGACGACUUUGCCAUGCUGUGUGUUUCUUUUCAUCAAUGUGACAAUGUUGUACACCUUGAGGAGUAAAGAGGUGUUUCGAGAGACUUCUCGUUAUAUUCUGCUGUUUAACCUUCUGUUUUCAGACACCAUCCAGCUGGCACACAGUCAAUCAAUGUUUUUACUGUCUUCCUCUAGAGUAACACUGCUGUAUUCUGUAUGUGUGGUCUUGACUAUUCUCAACAAUCUGACACAUAGCGUUUCUGUUAUCACACUGGUGGUUAUGUGUCUGGAGAGAUACAUAGCUGUGUGCUUUCCAUUCAAGCACAGUGUGUUAAUCACCACAAAAAACACAGGAGUGGUUAUUUGUAUCAUCUGGUGUUUCAGUUCACUCAAAGACAUGAUGCAAUUGACUCUAGCUUUAAAACUGUUUUUACACAAUGUAAGCACCGUCCAGAUGCAAGAUUUCUGUGGACUAGAGAAUGUGUUUGUUGAUCCAGCUUCUGUUAUUUUUAACAAAACUUUCACUUAUUUUCUGUUUGUGCUAGGUGGUAUAACCGUUGUUUUCUCCUAUGCUGGUAUCGUUGUAGCAGCUCGUUCUGCCUCCACAGACAAAGCUUCAGCCAACAAGGCGCGAAGGACUCUGCUGCUGCAUCUGCUGCAGCUGGGCCUCACACUGUCCUCAACGAUACACAAUUCACUGCUCAUAGUUAUCUCAAAUAAUCUAGACAGGGUGCAAUCUGUGAACAUGCAGAUUAUCCUUUAUGUUUGUGAUAUUGUCCUUCCUAAAUGCCUGAGCUCCCUCAUAUACGGCCUCAGAGACCAGACAAUCAGACCUGUUCUUAUGUUGAAUCUCACCUGUCAGUGGAUGAGCUCUGCUUUAAUUUCAAAGUUCAUGUAA